CUUUCUUCUUCCAAAAAUGAAGAACCCUCAAUUUCUAAGAACACUAUCCUUUUCUUGGGCCAUUUUCUUCUUCUUUUUGCUUCUCACUAAACCCUCUUUUCAACAAUUUUACCCUCCUAAUGCUCCAUUGAUCCCAAACCCGAGACUUCAAAAUGCAUACAUAGCCCUCCAAGCAUGGAAACAUGCCAUAACCUCCGACCCCAACGACUUCACCGCCAAUUGGUACGGCCCAGAAGUCUGCAACUAUACCGGUGUCUACUGUGCUCCGGCCCCUAAUGACCCGCACAACACCACCACAGUUGCCGGAAUUGACCUCAACCACGCCAACAUUGCCGGUUAUUUACCAGAAGACCUCGGCCUCCUCGCCGACCUCGCCCUUUUCCACAUCAACUCCAACCGCUUCCAUGGAACCUUGCCUUCCAGCUUCUGCAAACUCCACUUGCUUUUCGAGCUUGACGUCAGUAACAACAAGUUCACCGGAGAGUUCCCGUCCGUUGUUUUUUCUCUACCAUCACUCAAAUUUCUUGAUAUCAGAUAUAAUGAAUUCCAUGGGAAGAUCCCAUCCGAGCUUUUUGAUCUGAAACUCGACGCUUUGUUCAUCAACAACAACUAUUUUCAAUCGUCCUUGCCAGAGAACCUCGGGAACUCUCCAGUAUCUGUUCUUGUCCUGGCCAACAAUGCCAUCCGCGGCUGCAUUCCGUCGAGUUUUUCAAAAAUGGCUGGAACCUUGAGUCAAAUUAUUCUCUUGAACAGUGGACUGACGGGUUGUUUGAAUAACGAUUUAGGCAAUUUCAAGAACGUCAAGGUCUUCGAUGUGAGCUCUAACAAUCUUGUUGGGCCAUUGCCAGAGUCGAUUGGGGAGAUGAAGCUGUUGGAGCAGCUAAAUGUAGCGCAUAACAACUUGUCCGGUGAUAUUCCGGAGAGCAUUUGCACUUUGCCGAGGCUGAAGAAUUUCACAUACUCGUAUAAUUACUUCUGCAGCGAGCCUCCGAUCUGCCUCAAGGUUUUGGAGUAUCGGUGCUGCCGCCUACCUUCAGAGAGCAAGUGCUUACCCAAAGCUUCAGCCAUGGCCGUCGGGAAGAACAAGAGGAUUUCGAAGGGGAAGAAGGGAGGCAAGAAGAAGGCAACUGAUCCAUUUGCCAAGAAAGAUUGGUAUGAUAUCAAGGCCCCAUCGGUUUUCACCACCAGAAACGUGGGCAAGACCCUUGUUACCCGGACUCAGGGUACCAAGAUUGCCUCUGAAGGACUCAAACAUCGUGUGUUUGAGAUCUCACUGGCUGAUCUUCAAGGUGGUGAUGAGGAUCAUGCAUACAGAAAGAUCCGUUUGAGAGCUGAAGAUGUUCAAGGGAAGAAUGUCUUGACAAACUUCUGGGGAAUGGAUUUUACUACUGACAAAGUGAGGUCUCUGGUGAGAAAAUGGCAAACUCUUAUUGAAGCUCAUGUGGAUGUUAAGACAACUGACAACUACACCUUGAGAAUGUUCUGCAUUGGUUUCACUAAGAGACGCCCUAACCAGGUCAAGAGGACCUGUUAUGCACAAUCCAGUCAAAUAAGACAGAUACGCAGGAAGAUGGUUGAGAUCAUGACAGCCCAAGCAACAUCAUGUGAUCUUAAGGAUCUAGUCCAAAAGUUCAUCCCUGAGAUGAUUGGCAAGGAAAUUGAGAAGGCAACUUCAAGCAUCUAUCCUCUUCAAAAUGUGUUCAUUCGCAAAGUUAAAAUUUUGAAGGCUCCAAAGUUUGAUCUUGGAAAAUUGAUGGAGGUUCAUGGUGAUUACUCAGAAGACAUUGGUGUGAAAUUGGAGAGGCCUGUGGAUGAGACAAUGGCUGAGCCUACUGAGGUUGUUGGAGCUUAAAUGAAAAGGGUUUUUAAAUUGUCUUGCUUUUUAUAUGCUUUAAGAGUUCUAUUUAUCAAUUUUGUUUGCUGGAAACUUUUGAUUAGAGAAUUUCCAAUGGGUUAUGUUAAGAACAUGUUUGUAAUAGUCGAGCUGACAAUUUAUCACUGUGUGGCAUAAAGUAGUCUAUUUAUCACAUUGAUGAUGUUGUGAG